CAGGUUCGUCCAUGCCAGGUGUCCAGAGCUCAUUGGCUGGAAGCAGAACUGCAGGGCAAAGUGUUGCAUCAGGGCUGGCAGCAGCAGGGCCACAAGGAGGCACACCAGCAGGCACACAAGCAGGCGCCUCACAGGGUCAUGCAGCCACACAAGGUAGUGCAGGCCAGGGGGGAAGUGCGGGCAGUGCAACGGGCGUGGGGCAAGGGGGUGCAAGCAAGGGAGCAGCGCCUGCAUCAUCGGGAGUUCAUAUGGUGGCAGGAGACGUGGCAGUUUCCAAGUCAGUAUUGCCACACUCAAGGCCGCCAGGUACAGCUGCAACAGCUAAUGCUGCUGGUGCUGAUGGUGGUGUCGGUCAUGCUGCUGCUGCUGCUGCUUCCACAGCUGCUGCUGUGGCUGCUGUAGCUCCCAGCGUGAGACAAGCUACGCCGCCCGCACCAUUGCCAGCAGUGACUAAGCCAAAAGGACAACCCGAGGUCCAAUCUCAGCACAAGCCUGGGCCUGCUGCAGCUACUGCAGCCUCUGGUAGCACCUCUGCACCCAGCAUUGCCCCCUCCGCUGCCCCUUCCAUGCCUGCGCCAGCAGCAGCAGCAGCAGCAGCAGCAGCAAGAGCAGCGGCUGCACCUUCUGUCAACUCUCCCAAACUUCCUUAAAAGCUCGUUCGACACAACCCACGAGUGAGAAAGCUUCGAAAUGUUGCCUUUUCUUACCGGUACAUGGUAUGAGGUGCCUGGAAGCCACAGGGCCGCAUAGUCAAGUAGUACUGGAAGUGGCUGCAGCGGACAGAUGUGCUCGGAUGCGACCCAAGGCUUGUUUGGCGCCCACAGCUACCGCACUCGCUCUGAGACGCAUGGAGCAGCCCGCUGUACGCUCUGCAACUACUGGCACUGGCUGCAGCAGACAGACGGGCUCAGCUGCGCUUUCACUGAGACCUGAGACUUGAGACGCAGCUUGGCACGCACUGCUUCGUGUGUUGAGGUGCACCAAGCAAGCAGCCGACCACAUGGUCCGCAAGUGCUGGGAGGGCUGGCUGCAGCAAAGCGGACCCGCGAGUUUCGCUUUCACCUGCAACCUGAGAAGGCGGGCGCUUGGCUGCUCCUGCCCAUGGCAGCCGCGUGCUGCUCUUGCUCUCUCUGGCCUUCUGUUUUGAGGCUGUCUCUUUCAAAAGGAAUGUCAACAGGGGAGGACGGAGGCUCCUCUGGAGCGUUGAGCUUGGGCAGAGUGAGAGUGAGCAUGCCGUUGCUCAUGGCUGCGCUGAUCGCUUCCUUCAAAGUGUUCUCUGGCACCACCACCGUCACCUGCAAGCCAACGGCCAUACAGCAAUCAAAUUAUAGGCGAUCAGGGUCGCUUGCUUUACAUGAUGGUCUCUGGGGCAACGCCCUUGGAAGCACAGGUGGCUACCAACAGCCCUACUACAGUGACCAGCAAUUUGCGAGCGCGCAGCAGUGGGUGUGAAAAAGCAGCCAAGCAAGGGCGUCAAUCAAGGUACCUGGAAGAACUUGGAGACUUUCCAGGCAUCCUUCUCCCCUCCCUCGCCGCCCGUCCUCUCCCCUCCUUCGCCUUCCGUCCUCUCCAGGGAGUCCUCCCCCUCGCUGUCCCCCCGCUUCUGCACCUUGUGCUUCCUGUGAAUAAAACACACUCUCCCUCCAGCGUCACUGACACGUCCUCGGACAAACCUGCGCGCCACACACACCGUCAUUAAUGAGUCGUUAGGGCACCUCAAAGUCUUCACUGACCAGGGCUGAUUUUAUCAGAGUAAAUCACUCUGUUUCUCUGAAAAUCAGAGUCGUUUUUGGAAGUCACUCUGA